AUGUCUGAUAAAAGUGACCUGAAGGCGGAACUAGAAAGGAAGAAGCAGCGCCUAGCCCAAAUCCGAGAGGAGAAGAAACGCAAAGAGGAGGAGAGGAAGAAGAAAGAGGCCGAACAGCAACAAAAAACAGAACCCAUUCAUGAAGACACGGACCUGGACCGCAAAAGACGCGAGACGGAGGCUUUACUACAGAGCAUUGGGAUCUCCCCGGAGCCACCCUUAGUCCCAACCCCAAUGUCACCUUCCUCCAAAUCACUGAGCACGCCCAGCGAGGCCGGCAGCCAGGACUCAGUGGAUGGCGCCAUC